AUGACGAAGCAGGAGCGAGUCGUCAACCUCUUGGGUUCCAUCUAUGAGAAACCCAAGUUGGGAUCUCAGAUCGACGUUGGCUGGGACAUCCAGGCAAAAGGUUAUAUUGAAAUACAAAAUCUCACAUGUAUUUCAGAAUUUCAUCUCCUCGGCUUCUCAGAGGACCAGAAACUACAGAACUUUCUCUUUGGGCUUUUCCUGCCCAUGUAUCUAGUCUCUGUGAUUGGCAACCUGCUCCUCAUCUUGGUUGUUAAGUUGGACUCUCACCUGCACACACCCAUGUACUUCUUCCUCUGCAGCCUGUCCCUGGCUGACGUGGGUCUCACCUCCACCACCGUCCCCAAGAUGAUUGUGGACGUCCACACACACAGCACGGUUAUUUCUUACGGAGGAUGUCUGACUCAGGUGUCUGCGUUUGGCAUAUUUGGAGCAAUGGAUGAUUUGCUCCUGACGGUGAUGGCCUAUGACCGCUUUGUCGCCAUCUGUCACCCCCUGCAUUACCAGGUCAUCAUGAACCCCCGCCACUGCGGCAUGCUAGUGUCAGUGUCCUUCAUGGGGAGUCUUUUGAAUUCCCUGGUGCACAGUCUGAUGGUCUUACAAGUUAUCUGCUUCAAGGGAGUGGAGAUUUGUAAUUUCUUCUGCGACCCUUCUCAACUUCUCAACCUUAAUUGCUCUGACACCCUCAGCAACGAUAUAGUCACCUAUAUUGUAAGCGUCAUAUAUGGCUUUGUCCCUAUAUCAGGGAUUCUCUUCUCUUAUUAUAAAAUUGUCUCCUCCAUUCUGAGGGUCCCAUCUCCAGGUGGCAGGUACAAAGCCUUCUCCACCUGUGGCUCUCACCUCACAGUGGUUUGCUUAUUUUAUGCAGCAGCCAUUGCUGUGUAUCUCAGUUCAACUUUCUCACUUUCUAUUAAGAACUGUGCCUUGGCCUCCUUGGUGUACACAAUGGUCACCCCCAUGCUGAACCCCUUUAUCUACAGCCUGAGGAACAGGGACAUCAAGAGAGCCAUGCACACUCUGCUCAAGAAAACAGUCUCAUUUUAG